AUGGCUAAAAGAAAGUUGGAUGAAACCAAAGUUUCUGCCAUAGAGAAUAAGAAGAAUGAAGAAGAAGAAGAAGAAGAAUUUACUUCCUUUUCAGAUAGAGAGGCUGAAGAAGAAGUAAAACAGCAAGAAGAGGUAAAGCAUAACCUUGCAAAUGGACAUAAAGAAACAGCUGAGGAUAAACAUUCUGAAGGAGAAGACGACGACGACGAAGAUGAGGAUGAAGAAGAGGAAGAAGAACAAACCAAGUCAUCUCAACCACCAACCAAAAAGCAAAAGAAACAACUUUCUGCACAAGAUGUUCAAGUUGCUAGAGAAACAGCUGAACUCUUUAAAUCGAAUAUUUUUAAAUUACAAAUAGACGAAUUAAUGAAAGAAGUGAAAAUAAAGGAAAGUCAUGUUACAAAGAUUGAAAAAGUUUUGCAUCGUUUACAUGAUUUGAUUUCAAAAGUACCACCAAUUGAAAAUUUAACAUUACAACAAGCAGAACAUCAUUUCAAUUCAAAGAAAGUCGCUAUUCCAUUUCCUGAUCCUAAACCUACCAAACUUAAUUACACCUUUUCAUAUCUUUCUCCUGAAGAUGUUUCUCUUGUUGGAUCGUUUGGAUUAAAGACUGGAAUUCAUGAAUCUAAAGGACAAGCAAUUGAAGUUGCAUUAACCAUGCCAAAACAAUUAUUUCAACCAAAGGAUUACUUGAAUUAUCGAGCAUUAUAUAAAAGAUCAUUUUAUUUAGCAUAUCUUGCUGAACAAUUAAUUCCAUUAUCAAAAAAGAAUAAUUUACCAAUUAAAAUCUCAUAUAAUUUCUUAAACGAUGAUGUAUUAAAUCCAGUAUUGAAAUUAGAAAGUAUUCAAACCGAAAAUCCAGAUGAUUUAACUUUUCAUAAAACAAAAUUCACAAUUAAUUUAAUAGCUUCAUUCCCAUUUGGAGUAUUUGAUUCAAAGAAACUACUUCCAGAUAAGAAUUGUAUUCGAGUUCAAUCAGAUAAAGAAGAAUUACCCCCUACACCAAUGUAUAACUCAAGUAUCCUUUCUCAAACAUCAUAUGAUUAUUAUCUCAAAUUCUUGUAUACCAUGAAAAAAUCAACCGAAGCAUUUAAAGAUGCCUGUAUUUUAGGUAAACUUUGGCUCCAACAACGCGGAUUCGAUUCAUCUAUCAACCGUGGUGGAUUUGGUCAUUUCGAAUUUGCCAUUUUGAUGAGUGCAUUAUUAAAUGGUGGUGGUUUGAACGGGAACAAGAUUUUAUUGCAUGGAUUUUCAUCAUACCAAUUAUUCAAAGGUUUAAUAAAAUAUUUGGCUACUAUGGAUUUGAAUAGUGGAUAUCUUUCAUUCUCAUCUUUGAUUGGAGAAAAUAUUGCCUCGAAAUAUAAACCGGAUGGAUUCCAAGUUCCAACUAUUUUCGAUAAGAAUAUUAAAUUGAAUAUAUUAUGGAAGAUGACUUCUUCAUCAUAUCAAGAAUUAAGAAAACAAGCUACUGAGACUUUGAAUUUAUUAAAUGAUGUAGUUAAAGAUAGAUUUGAUCCAAUUUUAUUACAAAAAUCUAACUUUGAUCAAAUGAAGUAUGAUAUGGUUUUGAAUUUAACUGUUCCUGAUGAAUUAUAUGAAACUUUUGGUCCGUUGGAAAAGAUUUGUUUUAUUACAUUUGAAACUUAUUUGAAAAAUAAAAUAUAUGAUAUUUUGAAGAGGGCUCUAGGUGAAAGAGCAACCUUGAUACAUAUUCGAAAUGAGAAACAAGCCAAUUCAUAUCCACUCAAUAAAAGAAAACCGACUCAUAUUAGUAAUACAUUUGUAAUUGGGUUAGAAUUAAAUUCAGAAGAAUGUGAUAAAUUGGUGACAAAAGGACCAAAUAAUGAAGAUAAAGAAGCAGGUCUGAAAUUCUGGAAAUUCUGGGAACCAAAAGCAUCAGUGAGAAGAUUCAAAGAUGGUUCGAUUCAGCAUUGUGUUGUAUGGAAUAUACAAGACCAAGGAGAACCAUUAACUUUAACAAUUGCAAAAUAUGCCCUUGAUAAACAUUUACAACCAGAUAUUUCUCAACAUUUAGUCACCGAAAUCACUAGUUUUAACAAGAAAUUACCUAUUCCACUUUUACCUACUGCCAAUAAUCAAGUCACUACUUCAUUGAUUAGUUAUACUGCAUUAAGAGCUGCAUUUGAAUCAUUGAAUAAAAUCAUGACCAAUUUGGAAUUACCAUUAGGUGUCAAGACAUUAUUACCAGCAUCUGCAUCAUUGAGAUAUACAUCAUUAUUACAACCGGUUCCAUUUGCGGUUUCAAAUCCUGAUUUCUGGAAUGAUUGUGUUUUACAAUUUGAAACUUCAACCAGAUGGCCUGAUGAAAUUAGUGCUCUUGAAAAAACCAAAACUGCAUUCCUAUUAAAAAUCAAUGAAAUUUUGAAUUCCGAAACCACUUAUUCAUCAUUCGUGACCAAAGAUGAAUCAAUCCCCUUCAAUGAAAAUAUCUCAUUAUUGAAUAUCUUGACUCCGGAAGGAUACGGGUUCAGACUCCGGGUUUUGACUGAACGUGAUGAACUCUUGUAUUUACGUGCCGUUUCUAACGCCGAAAAACAAAAAGCAUUAGUUCAAGAUGUUUAUUUGAAAUUCAAUCAGAAAUUCUUGGGAGUUGUCAAACAUACAAGAACUGUUAGUCAAUUAGCACAGCAUUUCCAUUUCUAUUCUCCAACUGUAAGAUUAUUCAAACGUUGGUUGGAUUCACAAUUAUUAUUACAUCAUUUCUCCGAUGAAUUAGUUGAAUUGAUUGCACUUAAACCAUUUGUUGAUCCUUCACCUUAUUCAAUCCCACAUUCGGUUGAAACUGGGUUUUUACAAAUUUUGAACUUUUUAGCCGGAUGGAAUUGGAAAGAAGAAUCGUUGAUUCUUGAUUUAGUCAAAAGUACCGCCGAGGAAGAUGUUAAAUUAAGUGAUAAAUUAUCAAUACAAGCUCAUAGAAUUAUUGAACAAAAUUUCGAAAAAAUAAGAAAGAAUGAUCCAUCAGGUAUCAAAACUCAAUUAUUCAUUGGUUCAAAAGAUGAUCCAAGUGGUAUUUUAUGGACGAAUGAUUUAACAUUACCUAUUGCAACUAGAUUAACCGCAUUAUCGAGGGCUGCUAUUCAAUUAGUUAGAACUCAAGGUAUUUCAGAAGCAAAUCUUGAUUUAAUCUUUACUCCAGCAUUAAAAGAUUAUGAUUUUGUUAUAAAUGUCAAAUCAGCAAAUCUUACUGCUUCUUCAGGUAUACUUCCACCCAAUACUUUUAAGAAUUUGAUUCAACCUUUAACUUCAUUCCCUGAUGAUGUGACGACAAAGUAUGAUUUAGUUCAAGCAUUCGUAGAUGAAUUAAAUAAGAAAUUUGGUAAUGUGAUCAUAUUCUCAACUAAAAAGUUUACUGGAUUAUGUCAAGAUAAUAAGAAUGUGGUUUGUGGGAUUUUUGUUCCAGCAAAUUUGACUAAGAAGAAGUUUAGAGUUAAUUUGGGAUAUAAUGUUAAACCAAUAGAAGGUGAAGGUGGUAGUAGUCAAGAAGAAGUGAUUAUUAACAAAGAAGCAAUUUUUAAUCAAAUUAAGCUUUUGGGUGGUGAUUUGAUUGAAUCGAUUAAUACUAGAAAGUAA